AUGGUCGCGUUUAAUCUAUACAGGUCUAUCAGAUCACGUCCUACAUCACCAGAUUCUAGGUCUAAAUCACAGCCACUCACUCGCGGUGGCUCUGAGCCAUCAAAGAAUCGAUUCAAGCAAUCCACUCCUUCUCCUUCUCCCUCCACUUCUUCUUUUGAACCCUCAGCUGGUUCUGGUGAAUCCACUUACAUCGCUAUGGUCUCAUCACGCUUGCUUGAUGGCGUUAACAAGGUUUUCAUGUCCUCAAGCACGUCCCUCUCUGGUCCCGCUGACGGAGUUUCUUACAAAAAUAGAAGAUCACCAAAGAAGGCUAAUGUUUAUUCAUUAGCCAAUCAGAUCGUACAGGAAUUAGAAGUGGCUAAAACGGACGUAUACCUCCUCAGAGCUGUUGCUAGACAGGUUCAUCGCUACCUCAGCGUUUUCUCUUCUCAGCUUGAUCCUCUUCUAGCUAUGGUAUGCGCUGAUCCCUCUUUUAUUAGCGUAUGUAACCCAAAUCACUCUCCAACUCAAUCUCAAUCUGAUACUCUCAACAACCCAUCCACUCGGAGAACUCCCUCACCACCCCCUCCAACUCCUCUCCCAAUCCCAUCUUCACAGCAGCAAAUCAACAAUGCUCAGCAUUUCGCUUUCGAAUUAGCUCACACGGCGUGGAUUAUUAAGAAUACCAUAUUGGAUGCUUUUGAGGAGGGUAAAAUCCCACAGCUCGCUAAGGAUCUCAUUAAAGAUAGUUUAGAGAAGCUUGAUGGGCACGUCGUUAGAGUUGUCAACCCUACAAUUAAAGCUCUGCGUAGCUAUCUUGGUUUGCUUGCCUCGGGAUUGCGUGAGUCAUACCCAGAUGCAAACACCAUCACUCGCAAGAAUGGAAAUAUUGAGUUCAAUCCCCUUCCAUACCACCUCAAAGCUCUUUCCAAAGGAAUGGAUGCAUCAAAGAAAAUACUAGUAAAGAUGACUGGUCCGUGCCAACCUGAGUCUGAGGCUUGGGUAGCGAGAAUUACCGUCCACCUUAUCUGGUCUGCUAUGUUAGCUUUUAGCGUGAAGAAGCCAGCGACUCCACAAUUGAAUGGAAAACAAGUAAGGAAAGCUACAACGGCACCAUCAACGGAUUCGACAGCAACAACCAAAACCAGAAACGCCUCACCCACACCUAUCCACUCAGCACUAGGUAGAGUAGCUGCUGUAUCAAAACCACGCACACCAAGUCCAGAUGCUGUCAGUAUUGCUGAGAGUGGUGAUCAGGGCAAUUGCGUGAUAGUAGCCGAGAUGGAGGCAUUCGUUAAGAUGAUUGAUAAGUUUACAGAUGGUCUGGUUCAAGUUAGCGAUGUGGAGCCUGAAGAUGAGCUUGAACCUGAAUCAGUUGCACUGGCGAGAUCUGCGUUGAAGGAGAGCAUUGAAAGUCUCAAGACUAUGAAAGAAUUCACAGCUACGCUGAGCACACCACCAGACAAAACGGAUGUGCCUGUAGAGUUACCGAAAGUAUUAGCGCUUCACUUGCUCAUCGCGAGAAAGACAGGCACGCCAAACACACCAGACAAGAUAUGGAAGUGGAGCUGGGAUGCGUAUGCUGAAGGUAUUGGUGGCUUCGGCGGGGCUAUCAGAUGGCAAUCUGCAGUGUUUAAAGUGGUUGAAGCUGCACUCAAACACGAGGAGAAGAGAGAGGAAGAUAAGGAAUGGAAUAAAUUAAUUUUGGACUUAAUUCGUGAUUGA